GGCGGCAGCGGGAGGAGGAGGAGAAGAAGCAGCGGAGCGGUCGGUAACCGGCAGCACCGGGCAGAGUAACGACCCGUCCCGCCCCGCAGCAUCCGCCGGUGCCCCCUCAGCCCCUCCGUUUGCGGGGUAGCGCCACCCCCACCCUUUAUCCCCACCCCUUCCGAGGGUGCGGGGCAGCCUCCGCCGGGACUUCAUGUCUGUGCUGUGUCCCCUGCCCUGCUCUGAUUAUCUGAGAUCAGCUGAAAUGACUGAAGUGAUGAUGAACACCCCAGCUAUGGAUGAGAUUGGGCUAAGCCCCCGCAAGGAUGGCCUGUCCUAUCAGAUCUUCCCUGAUCCCUCAGACUUUGACCGUUACUGUAAGCUGAAGGACCGCCUGCCCUCAAUCGUGGUGGAGCCGACGGAGGGUGAUGUGGAGAGUGGUGAGCUGAGAUGGCCACCUGAAGAGUUUCUUGUGCAGGAGGAGGAGGAAGAGGAGGAAGAAAACUGUGAAGACGCAAAGAAGGACAACAAGGAGCAAUAAAUGGUAUCUGAGGAAAGGCAAGGGACUGCACCCUUCUGAAGGAAGAGCCACACUUCUUUUGAAAGUCUUUUUUUAAAAAAGACAAGUUCAAUUUUGCACCUGCGAGAUCUUAGUUUUUUUGUAUUCUCUGUAUCGAGAACUGAAGCCCUCGGUGUCACCAGACCUCCUGAGGAAGGAAGGAAGUAACGCAGAGAAAUGUUUGCUGUUCUCGAGAUCGCUAUCUGUAUUUUUCCGAGGUGGAGGCAGCAGUGAAAUUCCAAGCACAUGGCAGAGGGUGACCACGCAAGGACUGCUGGAGGGGGGGAGCCUGGGGAAGGGGAGGAAAGUUGGAGGCAGGAGCUUUUGGCCGGGAGCUGCCUCCGGCUAUGAGUGUGAGAACAGAGCCGUCAUCUCUCAGAUUUGCCUUUCUUACAGCUUCCAUUUUGUGUGUUUGGGGAGGGGGGUGGGGUGGAAGGGUGUCUGUAGCAAAGCAUGGCUAGAUGCUCCACUGACGAAGGGCCUGUAGCUCUCCCUGGUUCAGCACCUCCGAGGGUGACGUGAGCGUCCGUAGGAGUAGUUGGGUUUCUUGCUCUUGCUGUUGAGCCUGUUUUCCAGCCACUUUUCCCAAAGCUGUUUUCCCCUCUGUUUGCCUUUUAGACUCUUCAACGCUGAACAGCUGCAUUUGCAGGAUAAUGUUAGGCUGCUGCUUGUCAUCUCUGCUGCGAGGCCCUAGGUUAUCUUGCAGGUGGUUAGCGUGAGGUAGUGCGCAUCGGAUGUGAAGAUGCUUCUGUCUGCAGCAAGAGCUCAUGUAGGUUUGAACACCUCAGAUUUUUCUCUCCUAUUCGCUGAGGCUGCUGUGGCCCAUCUUGUCUUCUAAAGCACCCGAAGCCAGAGGAUGGGGAUGACUCCUUACCUUGCUCUCUUUGAUGCUGUAGGGUUUCAUGUCUCCAGUUUGCUGGUCAUUGAGCUCGCAAGGGCUGGGGUGGGGGAAUCUCCUCUAGGUUUGGACUUGCAGGGUUUCCUCAGAGCUCUGGCAGUGCAGGACAGGCUGGUAGGGGUGUGUAUGGUGGGGAGUAUGGCCAGACCUGGAGGUAAUCCAAAGACGAAACACCAGAUCUAGUGUGGAUCACCAGUGGGAGAAGGGGGAUUUGCAGGAGGGGUCUGUUGAGAGAGGAUGUCCUGAGACAAGGUGUGUUUUCUGCUUCAUAGCAAGGGUGAAACAUUCAUGGGUGUUUAAUGAAGGGCAGACUGGCUUAUGAAGUCUGUGGUUGUGUCCUCUUCACCAUAUCCUGCUCCAAGGAGAAGUCAUCUGUCUCCGUCUGGGGAGGAGGACAGUCUGCUGCCAGACAGGGUAACCCUCUGCUCUCCUGGGAAGUGAUGAUCUUGCAGCUUCAGGGACCAGCUUGGGAGCCAGUUGGUCUUGGGAUAGGAUGAGAACAGGUACCACCUGAACCAAAUCUGGGGUCAUGGAAGAGAAAAAAAUGUCAAGGCCUUAACCAAACUUUCAUAAUAAUCCCAAUGCCACCCCCCUUUGCUUGUAACUGGUUCCAUUUUUAAAAUCUAUUUGGACGUGUGUAUUUGUAUUUUUAAUACCUCAUGAGUAGCUAAACGCUGGUGGGGGUCAGGAAUUGCUUUUAACAUACUGUUUUUAGUCUUGUCUUGCUUGUGUUUAAACAUAAUGGCAAUAAUUUAUCAGCUCUGCAUAACUGUUUCAGGCAGAUAGGAGUUUGGAGGUGAGUUAGCACAAAGCAGGAGAAAUUCAGUGUUCCUAUGCUGUGGUUGGUCUCCGGUCCACAGCGCAGACCCGGUUCUACAUGCUCCCUGCCCAUCUUGGUGGACGGUUGGUCACCGAACAGUCAUGAUGUGGUGAUACCAUUUUUCUCUAGUGAUGGAUUCAGCUCUGUUGUAUCUGUAACACUUGUUCUAGUCUUGCUGUCUUACUGGAAUGAGCUUGUACACCUGCAUACCAGCCAGUCGUCUUAUCUCUUAAGUGUUACACUCUAUUGGUCUCUACCAUCUGUACCACCAAGUCAAAGCUGUAUAUCAAAGAUAUUACCAUGGGGGCAGCAAGGAGAUGGCAAUCCUUGGACUUCAGACCUGCUGUCUGCCCUAAAGACUUGCAUAUUUCUGUCUGCAUCAUUUUUUUGGAAGUAUUGUGUAUAUUUCUAUUUGUUGUUGAACGUAUCUAAAGAACAAAGCACUCCAGUAAAAACUCCUCCUGUUGUAUGAUAUACAUUCUAUAUUUCUGUAAUUCUUUUUUGAGCCUCAGGGAGAAGCUAGCAUUUUUUUCAAACUACAUUUUUGUCACUGUGACAGUUGUAAAUAAAGUUUGAAAAUGCUUUCCAAA